CGAAAGAUCACAGGUUCUUCAACAAACAGGGCGCGCCAUUUUACUCUGAAUACUUCCCUUCGAAAAGAUGUCCUCCCAAGUUAGACUAAGGCUUCUGCCAAGUGCCAGGUGUCUGUUUGAUGAGCCCAUUCAGGUGAAGGUGGAAGGGUUGAGGUCCAGACAGGUGGUCACCAUGAGAACCAGAUUAACUGAUGAGAAAGGAGUGGUGUUCAGCUCCUCGGCCACCUACAGGGCUGAUGGCAGUGGGGAGGUCGACCUGAAGAGAGAUCCCUCACUUGGUGGGACCUACAUUGGAGUAGAACCCAUGGGUCUGCUGUGGUCCAUGAGGCCAGACACCAUGCACAAAAGGUUUCAAAAGACAAGAUCCCUGGAGCCCCAGGUGGUGAAGUUUUCUGUGCACGAGGAGGAGGGCAGGAGGCUGGCAGAAGAGACAAAUGAGAGGCUUCUGAUGGCAAAUGGAUUCAACCGGGUCCUUGUCAAAGAGGGGAACAUUAGUGGAGUCCUUUUUACUCCUCCAGGAGACGGUCCUUUUCCUGCUGUGUUUGAUAUAUCCACCUUGAGAUCUGAGCUAAGAGCCAGUCUACUGGCUAACAAAGGCUUUGUGGUCCUCACAGUAACUGUUCCAACAGAUAAGGCUGGAAAGAUCCAAGAGAUGCAUCUGGACAUGUUUGAAGAAGCAAUGGAUUUCUUGAAACAGCAACCGAAGGUGGGCGGUAAAGGAAUUGGCAUAAUAUCAAGAUCAAAGGGAGCAGAUAUUGCACUCUCACUUGCUGCGUUUGUGCCAGGUGUUGAUGCUGUAGCUUGGGUGAAUGGCUGUAAUGCCAAUGUAGGCACUCCCCUGUACUACAAGAAACAGCAGAUCCUGUCACCCUUAUUGUUUGAUUUAAGCAAGUGUAUUCCUAAUGAGUCAGGUGCAGUCAUUGCAAAGCAUGCUCUUGACGAUCCCCGGGCAGAGAAGAACAAAGGCAGCCUUAUCCCCAUUGAACAAGCCACGAGCCAUUUUCUAUUUGCAGCUGGAGAGGACGACCUCAACUGGGACAGCAAGGCCUACAUGGACCAGAUGGUGGAGAGACUGAAGUGUCAUGGGAAGGAAAACUUUGAGAGUGUGUCUUACCCUGGAGCUGGACACUUGCUGGAGCCACCCUAUGGACCCUUCUGUUCCUCUUGUUUACAUGUUGAAAGUAAAGGCUUAAGUAUUUUGUGGGGAGGUGAGCCCAAGAUCCAUGCAGCAGCUGAGGUUCACCUGUGGAACAAGAUCCAGAAGUUCUUCAAAACUCACUUGAUCUGUGAUAAACCACAGACUAAGCCAAGUUAUAAAUUUAAAAAAAAAAAAAAAAAAGAUGAUUAUAAAGCUGGAGUAAAAGAAAAAUAAAUCAUAACUGAAAAUAAACAUUAAAAAUCACGACUGUUUAAUAUCUUGAAAUUAACACAAUAUUUUAAUGAUAUUUCUUUAAUUUCUUUUUGUGUGCUCACAUUUAUAACAAGACCCAUCCAUGUAUCAGAGUACAGAUGGUAUACAUGUCUUUAAAUUGCAUUUUAGAGGUUGGAGGUACAGUUAAGUUCAUACUGCAUUUAGUGUGUUCAGUUUACUGUAAGUGCAUGAUGCAUAAAAGUUUCAGUGACCGAUACAUUUUAUAAUCACAACCUGUCAUAGGUAAGCUGAAUUAACAAUGGUCCAGUUUUUAUUAUCCUGCAUCUCUCC